UGCGCUAAUUUAGGGAUCUGGCUUGGCGGCACUAUCAGAUCAGAGGGGAGAAAGAACAUGCAAAGGAUAUCAGGGCAGAAGGACACGAAGGUUCAUUUGGUUCAUUAACAUAAAGAUUCGAAAAGUAGAGCCAGAAAGAACCAGAUAGACCAGACCGACCAAGCGUAGAUGGCGGGUAAGUUACAGUAACUAGUUAACUAGUUAGUUACAUAACAGAACUCCGGGUCACGUCAUGUUCCGUUCACCGACCCAAGCCCCACGUCAGCUGUACAGCAGCUGGUAGUAUCUACUGGUAUCCCCGCCCAUAGCAACUACACCUUCUCCGGCAUCCUAUCUUCUGUUUCUACAUUCCUCUUCAUUGCCUAACAUAUUCUAGCCCGGUGCGGGUGUUAGUUACCACUCUAUAUACCUGCUCGAGCCUCCUCCGCCGCCCGUGACUAUGCGACCCGUUGUUCCCGACACCUUCCUACCCCGACCCCGCAAAUCCCCUUCACCUGCGGGACCUGAGGACGAGUUCUGCCACACUUCCCCCGAGACCUUCUUCCUUGCUCGAGAUAGCGAUAUACAAGAUUCCCAGGCUACUUCAGCAGAAGAAGAGGGAGAGGACACAUAUGGCGUGCAAAGCCUCGAAGAAUCCACAGCUGACAGUUCCAAAUCCGGUACCUCGACACAAUGGCCGGAUCCCCAGCCUACGAGAGAAAUAGACGAUACGUCACCCCGACACAUUAUUUCCGAGACGAGGGAAACUAUAGCGAAAACUGUCGAGGUCGGCGAUGCAUCAGAUCCAGAUGGGCGGGACCCUUCGCCAUUGAAGAACACGCGCAGCAGAACCCCUUCUAACGUUCCCACAUCAUGCCCCCUAACUCCUUUCAUACUUCGUUCACCGGCGGAACCAGUCUCCCUUCCGGACAGCCCCAAGUCAACCUCGACCCGGUCCUUUCGACCCACAGAUGAUGUACCCGUGGCAUAUGGAGGGAUUCAUACAACAAGGGCGGCGGAAAAUGAGGGUUGCAGCAGUCUCGGUUCGUCCGCGGUUCAGGAUAGCACAGCACAGCUUAUAAUGCCAAGUAUCAAAAUGCCCAGUCGGAGACCUUUUACUGAAAAAGGAAAAUCUAUGGGCAGGUUUAAGAUUCUCCUGGCUGGUGCUGCUGGCUGUGGGAAAACGUCCCUUAUAAAAUCUAUUGUUCAAGUGCUUGAGGAUAUAGUACAUGUCGACCCGCUCCCUCGCAGCCCGUCUCGGACAGAAGCUCAGAGAACCAGCAAAUCAGGUUCGAAGCGAUCUCAUCGAUCUCAACAUGUACGAGAGCCCACUUCGAUUGUGGAGAUCUAUGCCAGCACCAAGCCUUACCCAUCUUGGUGGUCGGAUCUGGAAGACUCGAGGGUUCUUCGAAGGAGGAAAAGUAUGGGAGACGUCGUAUUGGAAAGAAACUUGUGCUUCGUCGACACGGCCUGUGGGACCCUGGGUUUAUUAGAUCAGGCAGAAUGUAUCGUGCAGUAUGUCAACCGACAGUUCCAGCGGGCCGUAACCGCUUUGGAUUCAGUCAACACUGAUCUCCAGGGCCUUCUGAGCGGAAAUGGGGGCUCCCAAGUGGAUGCUAUAUUAUAUCUUGUCUCCGAAGAUUCAAUGUCGGCGGACAUAUCAUGCAUCCAGAAGCUUUCAAAAGUCGCCACUGUGAUCCCGCUCAUCUCCAAAGCUGACCUUCUCACCGAAAGCCAAAUCCACUCCCUAAAACGAUCUUUCCACUCUCAGGCUCGGGAAGCAGGCGUUCGACCAUUUCUGUUUGGUGAUCUCGCUGGUAGCAUAGGCGACGAAGAAACCAUCCCGUCCUUACCAUUUGCUGUUUCUUCCGCAAAUUCCAAUGACGAUGAUAUCAUGGAUGCAAGCCUCUUAAUGAGUCCUGAUUAUGUGCAGCCCUUAGCCCCAUCAGAGCUAAAUUUACUCUUAGAAAAGCUAUUUGAUCGGGAUAACAUAGCCUGGCUACGGCAUCUAGCUGCGAAGAAGUUGAUAGAGUCAUGCGAUUCGCAUACAAUCUCUCUGACACGUCCACGCCCACGUCCACAAGAUUAUUCAGCCUCCAAACCAGGUGGAAUAACUUCCAAUCUUUCUCAAUUUUCAUCACCCCUCUCAUCCGUCUCCCCCUCGCAGGUCCUCGUUCAAUACCCCGGUGCCGACAGCGGCGGUCCGCCAUCGUAUACCAUGUCCCGUGUAGCCGACCACACCCAGCGGGAGGAGCACCUGGCUCAGAUCCGACUUGCAAAGUGGGCAUCUGAUCUGCAGCAAAGCCUCCAAAACGAACGAGAACGAUACCAAUCUCUAGCCCGUGGCGAGCGAGCAGUCUGGCUAACCGAACGCCUGGGCGAGUGUGUGGCGGACGGCACGCUCCUCCCCAUAACCCAAACGCCAGGCUUUACUCACCCCAAGGCUCGGUGGGCGGUAAAAGGCAAGGGCGGGGGUGGCAGUGAGACCGUGAUGGUUCCGGGGCCGGAUGGCCAGCCUGUUAAGUACCAGGUUGCGGAUGUGAGUUCAUCGCGGGAUCCACUGGGCCUGAUACGGUGGAAUGACGAUGUGAAGCGGACUGGCUGGGUAGUGAUACAGGUCAUUGGUGGUGUGGGGGUUGUUGGUGGGCUUGCACUGUGGGUUGCGAAGGCGUGGGGUUUUACGGCUCAAGUGUUUGCGGAGUGGAAUGUUGGGUGGUUCAGUGGUGACUGACUGACUGAACUGUCUGGCGGGAACUAUACAUGUAAGGAGGAAAACAUCCUUUAAAGUUGGUUGAAUACGUUUAAUAGUUUUAACAUAUGAGGGCGGAUUAUUACAAUUAUGGAAUAUGAUUUUGAUGUGACACCAGGUGAUUUCUUUAUACUAUAUUGUAUUAUUCUUAUUUCUUUGACAUUUUCUGCGUACAUACGGAUUGUGCCACACCAUAAAUGAUUUGUAUCUCUGUAUGGGUUCAUCAUACAAACAGUAGUACUUAUAGAAAAACAUGAAUUUCUUUUUCUCUCUUUCUUUCUCUCUCUUUCUUUCUCUCUC